GUGAAACUAGAAUAUGUGUAGUAACGAGUUGGAAUUAUUUACAACCAAUUCGGUGAAAAUUAAUGAUCAUGAGUUCGUUUUUGAUGACUCCAGUUCAAUAUACUGAACCGAAAUUCCCUCCCGCGGACGAGUUCUCACAACAAAGUUAUAUUCCAAAUCAUGGAACUGACUACUACAGAAGUAAUUUUCAAACACAUUACGGAUUUCCUGAUCCAAGAAGGUAUGAUGAGGAAAAAUAUACCCCAAAUCAGUACGGAGGGUGUACCAACAACGAACCUGUGUCACCGCCACAACCCUCACCCCCCGUGUCUAACCAUGGCGGGGGUGGGGGAGGGACAAUGAAUGGGUUUGGUUCUUCACAGUCCUCUACUCCUAGCCCCCCUCCCGUCCCCUCUCCUGAUGGAAAUUCCUCACCCCUCUCACAGAGUUCCUGUGCCCAACAACAGUCAGAUGGUCAGCCCGUUAUUUACCCGUGGAUGAAGAAGAGCCAGGGUAACAACCCAGGUAACAACUUAGUUUCGGAAUCAAAACGGAAUCGAACUGCCUACACUCGACACCAAAUUCUGGAAUUAGAGAAAGAAUUCCAUUUUAAUCGGUAUCUAACACGAAGGAGGAGAAUAGAGAUCGCGCAUACCCUGUGUCUGUCUGAACGACAAAUCAAAAUCUGGUUUCAGAACAGAAGAAUGAAAUGGAAAAAGGAACACAAAUUACCAAAUACAAAAACAAGACUAAUGGAAGCCGGAACCGGGCUUCUCGACCCGACUCAUCACUUUACUCAUAUGCUGGGACAUCCGGAUUUAACCCCAAUCUAGUCAAUGAUUGUGUUCAUGAAAACCAAAUCCUCUAUGUCGUCAGUUCAAAGGAAACUUUGUAAAUCCAGUGUGAUUGUGAAAAGUAUGAAUGUGCUGACUUCACCAAAGAUUUUUCCUAAGAAAAUCUGGACUAUGGUAUCAUACUAAAGUGUAUGAUAAUAUGCAGCUUUGCUGUAUAAAUAGCAUAAUAAUUUAUACAAAUUCUGUUCCUAUAUUGCCCUGUGUCAAUUACAUGAAUUUGACAUAAUUAGAAGGUGCUUUUAACACUGAACAUUAACACCAGUAAGGUUAUUUUGAUAUUUGUGUCGGCAGAGGAAUACCCUGUAUAAUUCAAUAUAUCCACACGAAUUAAAAAUCCGCUAUGUGAAGUAUUACUACAAAACCAAAGAUAACCCUUCUGUUUUUAUUUAUAUACAUUGUAUAUAUAUAUAUUGUUGUUGUACAGGCUAUUGAUUUAUAUCUAAAUCAGUGAUUUAUUUGUUUAUCUCCUACACACAUGUAGUGGGUGAAUGUCUACAUAUCAUGGCUAGCAUUUUUAAAACUGAAAUUCCUGAAAUGUCUUGGAAAACAAAUUCUAAGUACAGGAAAAAGUAACAUAUUUUUAUUUUAAACAAAAAGGUAUUUUAAAUGUCUUCUAAAAUUUAAAU